AGAAACUAUUAUUCAGAAAGGUAUUCAUUUCGUGGACGGCGUGUGUGCGUGCGUGUGUCUGUGUACUGGUUGUACAUGUGCGGCUCUGACACGUGUCAGCGUACGCAAAGGAUCGGUUGCGGUUCUCCUCCUUCAUUUCUUCUGUUAUUAUUGUAAUUCUUCACAGUGGCCUUUAUUCCUUCCCCCCCCCCCCUCCCUCCAUCGUCUUCUUCUGCCUCGCAAGGUUGAAUGUACGCCUCCCGCUGCUCUUUGCCAUCCCUGAGGCGGAUGCGGCGAAUACUUCAAUCUCCCGCGUCACCGUCCGUUGCGCUCUCCAUCAACGUCCUUCACACGUCCAAUGCGCUGCCAUGUAGUGUCGAGGGCAGCAGAAAGCAUUUCAGCGGAGGCGCUUCUGCCCACACACAAUUCUGCUGCCGUCGCAUCCGUGAUCCUCGUGCGGCGUUGACGGCGGCAACGGCGCGAGGUUUCUCUUCAGCGGCGCUGACGGUGACACGGGUGACGUGUGGGGCUUCGCCGUCUAUCCCCGCCUCUGCCUCUUCCACCACAACGCAGACGAAGAGCGCUGCUUUGCACGCGUCUGCGCCGCUGGAGAACGGCGCGGCCGAACUCCCCGUCAGCCGUGCCCUCAUCCAGGAGAUACAACUCAUCAUGUCCCGUCACGCAGCAAUGAAGUGGAUGCCCGUGAGCGACCUGUACGCCGACCUCUCCCCGCGCACACGACGUGAGCACGUCCGCCCACACAAGUCGAUGCUGCAGGUCCUACAGAAGGCGAAAAGUGAGCUAGGCAUCUCCAUCAACGCCACCGGUGUGUUUUACGCGGUGGGCAGGAUGCCUGUAGCGAAGCAUGAACCGAAACAGACGCCUCAGCCGCCGCAACAGUUGACGAAGUCGGUGUCAGCGGCGAAGAAAAGUCCCUCACCGGCGGCACAAUUGGUACAACGUGGCACGACAGCAGCAACAGCUGCCGACGCUGCCACUUCUCCUUCACCCCUGUCUGUCUUGGAGGGGUUUAUAGCACCUGUCAUACCACGUGUAGAUUUUUUCUUUGAUGUGCAGCUGGAGGAAUUUCCGCUGCCUCCGUCAGACUUCGACGUCACCCCUGCCCAUCUGCAGCGGCAGGUCACCCGCUCAAGUGCAGACGGGGCGGUCAUUGCGAUGAGCGACUUCGUAGCCUACAUCCCCCCGUUCUUUGCCCCACUCCGGGAUGUGCUGGCCCACAUGCCGGGCUACACCGAAGAACACAUACAGCGCUACUUCCGGGCGGGCACGAUGGAGGUGGUGACGGUGGACGCGGAGAAGUAUAUCCGCGUGCACAGCGGCUACGAGAAGCUGUCCCUCGCCGGCUGCGAAGCGGCGGAGGAAACUUUUCGCCAGUUUCGCCCGCUGCCGUCGCUGGCAGUGCACUUUGAGAAAGCCUUCGAGGGGAUGACGGACAAGUGGAUGCCGCUGCCGGUGUUGCUGAGUCGCGUGGACCCAGCCGUGGUGGCCCAGCUGCCCUUCCAAGGCCCCUCCGCCGUGAUGUACUUUGCGCAGAUGCAGCACAAAUUUGCCUUCGCGGUGCGGCAUGUACCACCGCAGCAGGACGGCGCCGCGGCCACGACGGAAGCGGCCGUGCUGCUGCGCCGCCCCGACUACGGCGGGCUGGAGUGUGACACCACCCCUACCCCGAAAGUGGUCAGCUAUCUUUUCUCGCUUAUCCCUCAGGAAGGCCAGGUGGAGAUGUGCGACGUGGCGCGGCAGCUGCCGGGACCCAUUAAGGCGGAGCUGGAGGAGUACUACGGCGGUCUCGCACAGUUUUUUGCCAAGCACGCCCCUCUGUACUACGUCCCGCCGGAGACGCCUACGGUGGUGAUGCGACUGCGCUAUCGGCAGCGCUUUCACAUCGCCACCCGCCCACUCGAAGAACAGCUGAAGUAUGCAAUGGACAACAACAAGAAAUCGAAGGUGCGGGUGAUCCGUCGCCGCAUUGCGUUCCGCGACAACCCGUCGCACCCUUUCCUAGACCCCGAGAACUUGGCGAAGGAGCUGAGCAACCACCUGCCCAGGCGUGGAUUCGUCUCGGUCAAGGUGUUCCUUAGUCGAGGCAUUCCAGAGGAGCUGGUGAUGUUCAUGCCGCCCAAGGUGCACAACUUCUUCAAGAACUACCCGCAAUUCUUCACCCAAUUUGAGUACCAGAAACCCGGCGUUUGGUGUCUGUGCAGACCUGACCAGCCGCUCCCUCGCGGGGUGAUUCGACAGUCCUUCAGCGAAAGUGAUCUGGUCCGCAUGCUUGCCGAGUACCUGCAGAAAAAAGGUCCGCGUUCGGUCUCCAACGUCCUGCUCAACACGCCACGCGGGGCGCAGGAGAUCUUGAAGAAGCGCUACGGCGGUGUUUACUUCUUUGUCACCCGCUUUCCGCAGUACUUUCAUGUGGUGCUCGGCUCCGACAACGGCAACGCGCAGAGCAGCGGGAUUGUGCAUCUUAUUCAGGUCCCAAGUGCGGAGUUGGAUGACAGCGCGAUGGCGAACGUUGCCGGCAGCCUCAACAACCCAGAUGCGCCAACGACUGACUUGUCGACGGAGAAGUUGGGUGAGACUGAAUUGGAGGGUGAAGACGGUGACGAUGAUUACGAUGGCCUCGAUUAA